ACAGCAGCUCUUCAGCUCAUUUCAACUUGAAAGACAGAAACAUGGCUUCCUUUGGGCUCCAGGUCUUUGGCAUCUUCUUGGCCACAGUUGGCUUCAUCGGGGACAUCCUUGUUUGUGCCCUGCCCAUGUGGAGAGUGUCUGCUUUCAUUGGAAGCAACAUUGUCACCGCUCAAAUCUUCUGGGAGGGCCUGUGGAUGAACUGUGUGAAGCAGAGCACUGGACAGAUGCAGUGCAAGGUGUACGACUCCAUGCUGGCUCUGCCUCAAGACCUCCAAGCUGCACGAGCCCUGGUCGUCAUCUCCGUCCUCAUCGCCUUCCUGGGGAUCCUCCUUUCAGUCGCCGGGGGCAAGUGCACGAACUGCAUUGAAGAUGAUGCAGCUAAGAGUAAGGUGGCCAUCGCGUCUGGCGUGUUCUUCAUCGUCGGUGGCAUCCUCUGCCUCAUCCCUGUGUCCUGGUCCGCUAACGAGGUCAUCAGGAACUUCUACAGUCCCCUCAUGACUGACCCACAGAAAAAGGAGCUUGGUGCGGCGCUGUUCAUCGGCUGGGGAGCAUCCGGACUCCUGAUCAUUGGUGGGGCGCUGCUGUGCUGCCAGUGCCGCCGACAAAAGGACAGCCGCUAUUCUGUGAAGUACUCUGCCCCACGCUCGGCAGCCAGCACAGGAGCUUAUGUGUAGACUCUGGACAAUCCUUGAACUAUGAUUUUAAUUUUUUGUU